GGUAUUCGCCGAAGGUCACUUCCUGUUAGUGUCACACUUGUUCAGUUACGUUUAUCCCAUACGACGUGUUGCGUCCUAACAGUCUGAACUUUUGUUAGAAGUUUAUGUUAUCAUCACAUGCGGGACAGGUAUGAAGAAAAAUACCAUUCAAUGUACACUGUUUGAAAGCUUUUCUUCUGUACAAGAUGGAACAAUGGAUUCUUGCUCAGCAAAGAAGAAAAGUAUGCAGUGGGUGUCUUCUGCCUUUGACAGUGGUAGUGAGCAGAACGAAACACAAAAUAUAUCCAAUACCAAAGCAUUAAAAAGGAGUUUGAGUUGUGCUUUUAGUAACAAGUCAAAAUGUAAACCACCCAAAUACAGUAACUGUAAAACUUCUGGAAUUAGUAUGAAGGAAAAUUCAUUUGAAGAACUUUGGGUGGAUAAGCAUUUCCCCUCGUCUGUGGAAGAACUUGCUGUUCACAAAAGGAAAGUUCAAGAACUGGAAACCUGGAUGAAGAAUCUAAAUUCUAAGAAGCCAGCUCCUGUGUUAUUACUGACUGGACCUUCAGGUGUUGGGAAAACAACAACUCUCAAAGUCCUUGCAAAAAUGUUCAAAUAUGAUGUCGAAGAGUGGACCAACCCAUUGACAUCUACUUUUGAGACUUUCUCUGAUACAUGGAAUGCACAAGUAGAUGGCUCUCACUAUGAAUCUCAGGUGGGCCUCUUCAAGGAAUUCCUUUUGCGUGCAAGUAAAUACAAACGGUUGGACCUUCUUGGCUGUGAGCAGUUUCAGAAAAAGAUUAUCCUUGUUGAGGAUUACCCCAAUGUACUUUUCCAGAAUCCUACUAGUUUCCAAUCUAUUAUUCAAAAAUAUAUUUCUACUGGGCUGAAUCCACUGGUGUUUAUAAUAAGUGAUUCUGCAAGUAGCAGCCACAAUGAAAGACUUCUGUUUCCAAGUGAAUUCCAGCACAAUAUUGGCAUGAGUCACAUAAGUUUCAACCCUGUAGCACUUACUAUUCUUACCAAAGUCCUCACUAAAAUUGCCUUAAAAGAAUCUGUAAAGAGUACCAACAAGAUAAGUAUGCCAUCAAAAACGGUUCUGGAGUCUAUAGCUCUAUCCAGCAAUGGUGACAUUAGAGGAGCUGUCAAUGUAUUGCAGUUUUCUUGUUUAAAAGAUACUUCUGAUCUCAUUGGUACUUUCUCCCAGAAACACAAGCAGAGGUCAAAGUCCACAUCACAACUUAAACAGAAACACACCACAAGUACAGAUUCUUCACCUGGUGAUGUCCAAUCUAUGCCUUGUAUUGGUGGCAAAGAUGGAUCCUUAUUUCUUUUCCGUGCUUUAGGAAAAAUACUUUAUUGCAAACGUGAAACAGACCCUUCCCAAAGCAAACAAUCUUUGUUACCUGCUCAUUUAACUCAUCACGAAAGGCUACCAUUACGUGAAAUACCCGAAGAAGUAGUUGAUAAAUCUCACAUGUCUGGGGAGCUGUUCACCACUUUUCUCCAACAGAACUACAUUGAUUUCUUUCACAGUAUUGAAGAUAUUGAGUGUGCAAGUGAAUACUUAAGUGAUGCUGAUAUUUUUACACUUGAUUGGUCUGUCAGAAGUACCUUACAGGACUAUGCUGUAUCUAUAGCAACCCGAGGUAUCAUGCAUAGCAAUACAUUGGAUAAAACCCAAAACUCAGAUAACCGAAUGAGUUUCAGACCUUUACACAAACCAGAACUGUAUUCGGUCCGAAGAAAGUUCAGGGACCGGUACCAAGCAAGUAAAGAUAUUUUUAGUUUUCCUAUUCUUGGUGCUUCCAAUGAGGUCCUACUCACAGAAAUUGUUCCCUACAUGAAGUUAACUAAUGUUAUAAUGCAUUCACCUAAACAAAUAUCAUUUGUAAAUGACAUCUGUACCUUUCCAAAGUUUCACUCAAGGUAAGUUUCCUGAAAAUUUAU